UUCUGAAAAGAUGUCCGGAAAGACCGUGGAGAAUAAAGUUGAGCGUGCCGCUAACAACAAAAACGUUUCCCUCCCUAUGUCACGCGUAAAAUUAAUAAUGAAAAGCUCUCCUGAUGUCUCAUGUAUUAACCAGGAUGCCCUUUUCUUGACGACGAAAGCAACGGAGCUUUUCGUUCAACACUUGGCUUUAUCAUCGUAUAAUAAAGGAUCUGGAAAGCAAAAAAACACACUUUCAUACAGCGAUCUUGCUGAUGCUGCAGAAGAGACGGAAACCUUUCAGUUUCUUACAGACAUUCUUCCAAAGAAAAUCUUGGCUAGGGACUAUUUAAAGUCCCUAGAGGAAAUGGAGGAAGUUGAUGACAACUGACACUGCUGAACAGCCCUUAAACAGGCAUUACAUUGAACUGUUACAUCAUCUUCAAUAUUAGUGUAUAACAUGAUGUGAACAGGUUCCAAAAAAAAAGUCUAACCUCAUUCCUCAGAGCUGAGAGUACAGGAUUAAAUUUCAGACAUUUCACCCAAACAUCUGUACUUUUUCACUUUUGAUGUGUUUGGGUGUUAAUGUAGUUUGGCUUUGUGUUUGUUUAUUCCUUCCCUCUUUUCCACCAUAAUCACGACAGUUGUUGUUGGAAUAGUCACUAACUACUUUAGACUAUAGUUUUUUAAUCUCCACCAGAGAACUUGUAGCCUAAAACCAACAAAGCAGCUGGCUGCAGAGUGCCUGAGAGUGUACAUCUUGUAAUUAUGUCCAUUGUAUGUCUUACCCAAGUUCUUUGAGAAGCUCCUUGUUCACUCAUACAGUCCUUUAUUGUAUGCAUAUCAAUAGCUGGCUCAAAUCCCUGAGACACAGAUGCCUUGAAAGCAGUGUUGCCCAGGGCAUAAAAUAGUUUCUGUGUAUCUUUGAAUGGGCAUUACACUGUCUCACUUUUUGUCACACCUGCUGAGGAAAAAAAAGUGGAUAAAUGUCAAUACGUACAUUGUUCAAGUGAAAUAAAUGGAUAAGAUGUACGGGUUUUUUUUUGUUAGUCUAAUAAUCAAAAUUAUGCACUGAUUAACUGGAGAUCUAGUUUCAUAGCAAAUUUUCUAUGGAUUCCAUUUAUAGUAUACCUAUGUGCAUUCGCUGCUGUGCUUCAGGGUAGGGUGUGAAAACUGCUUACUGAGCAAAGCUGUUUUUUAUGCUAUUGGUAGUCUGGCCACGCACUAAAUUUCCAAGUUGUGAAUGUUUUUACUUGAAAUUUGUAAUGUGUUUGACAUUUUGUAUAGUGUACUGUAUGAUUGGUAUGUUUUCAAUAAAUUUAAAAAUUGUGA